AUGGAUAUGCUCAGCUUCAUCGGAGCUACUCCGGCUACGGCUGACAACCACCACCGCCCCACUUCCAAUUGUACCAACCCCCUUGAUUUCGAUCCAGCAUUGGAAAACAUGCUUAACAUGGAUCUUAGUCAAUUCGACUUCAGCCUCUUCGACAUCCCAUUGCCGCCUUCUUCAUUGCCGCCUAUUGAUCGGAUUCCUGCACCUGCACCUGCACCUGCACAGACGCAACUGCUUCCAAACUUCUCUGAGGUAUUAUCUGAUAAUGUCAAUUUGAUUGGAAGGAAUAGUGCCCUAACUGCAGGCGGUGGAAACGGCGGUGGUGGAGGGAGUGUAUUAGGCCACCGCCGUGACAGCAACCGUUUUGGUUUAGGUAGCGGGUCCUCAGCACCAUUCUCUUAUAAGAAGAGGACAGUUAUACCUCCGGAAAAGCUUGCGGAACUUGAAAUUGCUGAUCCCAGAAAAGCACAGAGGAUUAUUUCUAAUCGGGUUGCUGCUAAGAAAUCCAAGGAAAGGAAAAGAAAUUAUGAAAAAGAGUUGGAAAAAAGAGUUGAGUUGCUUCAGAUUAGAGCUGAUAAUGUAACUGCGGAGCGUGUGAUGGCGAUGAAUGAAGUUACGCAGUUAGCUGCUGAGCGCAAGAGGAUCAAAGACCUGAUAGAGUCUACUUUACAGCAUCAACAAAAGCAAAGAGCUGUGAUUGAAUUGAUGAAGCAAGAAGCAAAUAUGCUGAAGAGGCAAAUUCAUGACAUGAAUACAGCAAUGGCUGAUUUAUCUUUUGGUGAACCAGUCUCUCAGUCCCAGCAGCCUCAGGUUCCUCAUCAGCCAGAACUCUACAUACCACAGCAGCCACCUCUAGUUCCUCCUCCACCAUCUAUCUUUGGCGAGCCUUUGCUUCCUCCUCCACCAUUUUCCUUAGGCGAGCCUUUACUUCCUACUCCAUCAUCUACCUUUGGUGAGCCUUUAGUUCCUCCUCCGCCAUCUCUCUUUGGCGAGCCUUUUAUUGGCACCAGCUUUUCAAACUACAAUCUCUGGAACUAGUAUAUUUCGGGGUGGGGUAAUUAUCACCAACUACAUCUUUUGUGUAUUGGCAUAUACAUGUAUGGGUGAAGCUUGUGAAUGACAUCUUUUCUGAUGCACUUUGUUGGUGGGAAGCAUGA